CCAACUACAAUGUUAGAUUAACUAAUCUAUAAAUAUUAUGAGUCAAUCGAGUCAAAUUUAGUAGAAAGUAAUUUGAAGAAAUUUAAUCUAAGUAUUUCAGUAUUCGCAAAUAUGUUUCGUAGUUCGUCGUUAUUAGUUCUUAUCUGUCUUAUUCUAAUUGUUCAUUUCGAAACGACAAAAUGUCAUCAAAAUGGUAUCGAAGAAAUACUGAAAGAGGAAAAAGAAAUGUUAAAUAUCACUGGAAAAUCUUUACAACAUAGUUCAGAAGAUUCCACGGACAUAAAUACCUUAAUUUGGCAGGAGUAUGAAUUUGGAACGAAUGCUGGCAAUCGUGAUGAAGUCGUAAUAACGAAUAUCACGAUAGAAGAGGAUUUAAGAUUACCAAAUAACGAAUUUAAUUGGAUUUUAUUUGAAAGCAAUGGAAACAAUUAUUUAGCAAGUUCGAGAGAAAGAACGUUAUUUUUGUAUACCCUUGAUAUAAAUGGUAUCCCAACGUCAUCAAAUUUUGUCAAAUAUAAAUUAGAUGGUCGUGUGUUAGCUUUUACAUUGAUCGAUGUUAAAAAUACUACAAAAUUAUCCGAACAAAAUGAUAUCAUUGCUGUUGUGUGCGUUGAAAAAAAUGACACGACGAGUUUACAAUGGUAUCGAAUUUCUAAUCAAAAAUUAGAAUUAUUUUGGACAUGGAAUAUAGAACGGCCAGCUAUAGAUAUACAAUUUGUUAAAUAUCGAGAUCAAAACAAAUUAUUGUUGCUGUUUAAUAGAAACGAUUAUGAGACACGUAUUAUCUCAGUAAUUGAUAUUUACAGUUUCAAUAUUGAUUUCGUCAGAAAGGAUUAUCACUUUAGGUUGACUCAAGAGAUACAAACUUACUCGAUUCGCGAUAUGAAAUUAUGUAAAAUAUACGAACACACGAUGCUUGCACUUCUUGGCCAAAAUGAAGUUUUACUUUAUGAACAGAAAGAGAACGAUGACGUUAAUGGUAUGUUCGAAUUAUGGCAAACGAUUAAAUCUAACAAUUUAAAUAAUUUCAUUUGUUUCGAGAGUGGUCACGCUCAAUAUUUGGCUACUUCUGGAAAAGAAUCUGCAUUGUUUUAUUUUGCGGAUAAUUCAUUUCAAUACAAUUCCAAGACCGAAGAUUUUUUUAAUGCAUUUCCAGAUAUUGCUUGGGUCGAAGAAAUUCCUGUUGAAACUUACAGAGAUGAAUCAUUGUUAUUGGUACAAUUGUUAGAUUCAACGAUCUAUACUUUAACUUGGCAAGGUGUUCAUCGAUUCAAAGUAACAUCCUUGCCUAACGUUUUACUCAAUAAAUUUGACCUUUCUAAAAUAACCAGUAUUCCAAGAUAUGGAUUUGUAUCUGGAAAUGUAUUUGUCAAAAUCGAUACGAAACUUAAUCAACUUUCCAGUCCUAUCGAAGAUAAAAUUAUCGGAAUGAUUGAGGCAAAAACAUUAUUACAAGUACGAUAUUUGGAUUGUUCGUUAUCUAUAUUCGUUUGUAUAUAUAUAUAUAUAUAUAUAUUUCAAAUUGAACUGUUUUUUUUUUUUUAGGAGUUAUUGAAUAAACAGGAACAAAUAAUCGACGAGAUCGAUGAAAGAUUUGAUCUGAUAGAUCAUAUGAAUUAUACACAAAUCAAAUCAUUGAACGCUUCUAAGAUAAUAACGAAAAAUUUAAGAAUGGGAAAUGACGUAUCUUAUACGAUCAAUUUAGAUACGAAAAAUUUAACACGCGAGGAUAUAAUAACAGAUAUGACAUUAAUCAAAAAAUCAUUACGAGAUUUAACAGAACAAUAUAAUCAUUUGAAAUUGGAUUUACAGUAUGGAUCCGAUUUAGAUUCGAUGAUCGUAAUGGAUUUAAAUAUUUUUGGAGAUUUAAAACUACGUGGUAAUCUUUACGUAGAAGAAUUUUCAACGAAUACAUUGAAUGAUCUACCGAUGUUACAAAUAUUACAAGAAUAUUUAACCAAUGAUACCAAUGACGUUGUAAACGGGGAAAAAUCAUUUUCUAAUAUUGAAACAAAGAAUGCGAUUGUUCGAAAGAUCAACGGUAUACCGUUAGAACAAAUUAUUUUUGAAGAAUCUAAAGUACAUUAUUCAAACAUGAAUUUGUCUAAUGAUAUCUAUGACAUAACAAUAGAUGGACAUUUAUCUAUUUCCAAGAUAAAUAAUAUCAAGUGGGAAAAUAUUGUUUGGAAAAAUAAAUUAGCUUUUAUACCGAAUAAAACAACGAUUAAUGGGGUACGUAGAUACGUAUCUUUUAUAUCUUAUGUUAUUUUGUUACAGAAAAUUGAAGCUAAAGAAGUCAAUGCGAAAAUCGUGAAUGAUUUAAUGUAUCCUUACGAUUACGUCUUAGAAAAAGGUUCCAUUCCUGUUUACGUUACUGGAAUAAAAAAUUUUGAUCGACUGACUGUCCAAACCUUAUCCCAUGUCUCUAACAUAAACAAUAUUCUCAUAAACGAGUUCGUUACACUAGACCACGAUCAUAUUUUCAAUGAAAAUAUUACAUUUCGUAACAUAACUGUUCUUGGAUCUUUCACGGUAUUAUUACAGAUCGAUGGUAACAUUAGUGGAUUUGAUUUAUCACAAUUAAAACAGGAACGAUUGAUCAACGAAACUCAAAGUUUAAUUUCUAACGCUAUUUUGUACAAUUUGACAGUUUUGGGUAAUGUUUAUUUGGAGGAUUCGAUAAAUGGUAACAAUUGGUCAAACUUUGAGGAUGUUUUAUUGAUGAACGAUUCUAGAAUCGAGAUAUUUGGAAAAAAAGAAUUUAGAGGUAACGUUGAGAUCAAUGGAUCAUCCACUUAUAUCGUUUCUAAUAAAAUCAAUGGACAUGAUAUCAAAGAAUUUCUUACUUUGGAUACAGAGCAAACAUUUACGAUAACAGAUUUGAAAGAAAUGUCGGAUAACGUGAGUUUCGAUGAAGUAACUCACGAAUUUGUAAACAAAGUUAGCAAAAUUGUUGAAGAAGAAACGAAAGAAAAUUCACAUUGUAUGAAUAAAAGUUUCAUUUUUGAAAAUACAUUGAUCGUUGAUAAUCUAUCAUUCGAUAUUUUAAACGACAAUAUUACAAACGAUACGUUCAAUCAACAAAUGAAUUUAACUCUUCGAAGUGUCACGUUUAAUGAUUUAACGAUUAACAAAUUAAACGUUCAAGAGAUCAAUCCAAUAUUCGUAAAUAAUGUUAAUAUGAGUGAAUUCAUGGAAUUUGCCAUAACUAAAUCGACUAUACAAAAUGUAAGUGUAAAUUGUUCGUUUGAACAAUUGCAAGUUGAAAAUCUGGAAAUCGAACGUUUCAAUGGAUUGUCGAUUAAAGAAUGGAACGAUCUGAUAGAUCACUUGUAUCGAUCUUAUAGGAAUAUUUUUGAUCCUAACAUUGUUACAUUAGAAUCUGUCAUCGUUAAAGGAAUGAUCGAUGCUUCUUCGAUAAAUGGAAUAUUAUUGGAUAAAAUGUACGAUCCGUCAACUAUAGGUACUGUGAUCUAUGAAAAUGAUCUUUACGUAGAAAACCUUACUGUAUUAGGUUUCAUAAAUAAUUUCAAUAUCAGUGAACUCGUGAAAAAUGCUGUUCUCAAAACAGACGAAGAAAUUGUUAUAAACGAAAUGAAAGAAUUCGAAAAUAUUCAUUGCAAAUUUCUACAAAUAAAAUCAUUUAAUGAUCACGAUGUUAAAAAUAUUUUAAAUCCGUACAAAAAUCAAAAUUUAACUGGUCCUGUUGUGAUAAAUGGUAAGACAUCAAAAGAUGAUUUUAGAUUGUAUUUACAUCUCAAGAUUCGUUCGAUAAAUCAUGUAAUGUUUCGUGAUCCUAUAAUUGCAGGUACUGCAAAUGUUGUUGAAAGUUUCGAUGCAAAAGUAAAGAUCAAAAAUAAAGUAUACUUUCGUGAUUUAAUAAACAGAUUUAAAAAAUUAAACAACGAUACCUACGAAUUAAACGUAAAUGUCAGAUUUGUCAAUCCAAUAGAAAUAAUUGAUCUUAAAAUGAAUGGUACAAUCGAUGGGAUAGAUUUCAACAAAUUAGUUGAAUCUAUAGUGUUGAAAAAUGAAGAUAACGUAACAUUGUUGGGAGAUAAACAUUUAAUAGGAUCGUUGAAAUUAAACGAAUCGUAUGUUAUUAUCGACGAAUCUAUCAACGAUAUCAAUUUAAGAAGAUUUUAUGAAAAAGCUAUUUUCAUCGAUAAACCUUUGACGAUAAAUUCUAGCGUUGUUUUUCAAAAGGAUAUCAUUUUGAAAGAAAAUUUGGAUGUAGUUGAAAAUUUGGAAGUUAAUUGGAUCGGUGAUGUCGAUUUUGAUAACUUGAAGGAUGUCGUUGUUUAUUUGGAUGGACUAUACUUUUUCCCAGGUAACUAUAAUUUAUUUAUUUAUUUAUUAUUUUUUUUUUUUAAUAAUUUUGUUUUUUUAGCUUCAACGACGUUCACGAAUAUUAAUUUCAUUGGUGAUGUUAACAUAAAAAAUUGGAAUAACAUUGAUAUGAGUUCGAUAAUAGUAUUAGCUGAGAAUCAAAUAAUUUCGAAUGAAUUUAUUCGAGCUUUUGACAUCACCGUAGAAAAUAUCGACAUAAGAAGAAAAAUAAAUGGACGUAAUUUGAACGAAAUUUAUACGAACACUUUGAUGAAAAUAGGUGAUCAAAUUGUUCAUGGAAAUGUAACAUUUCUCGGUAAAGUUCUCAUGCGUCACGAUUUUAAUCCUCGUCUCAUAAAUCAUAUGAAUCCGAAACAAAUUGUACUCGUAAAUACCAACGACGUUAUCAUUGGUACACAUUUAUGAAUUAUUAUUCUAUGACAAAAUCAAUAUCUGAUUUUAUAUAACAGUAUAUUUUUAAAAAAUAUCUUUUUCUUCUUUUUAGGAAAUGUCGAAUUUGAAAAAGAAGUAAUUCUAAAUGGAUCAUUAAGAGUUUUAGGUCGUUUCAAUGAAAUAGAAUUAAUUGGUUGGCAAGCAACAGCAGUAAAAACGAAUUAUCCAUCGGACCAAUUAAUCUCUGGAAAAUGGAAAAUACAUGGAAACGUUUAUUUAAAACAUAGCAUCGUUACAAACGGUGGUCUCUUAAAUGGUUUUAACUCGACCGAGUUAGCCAAUUUGUUGAAACAAAAUCAAAUGGCAAUGGAAACAAAUUUAAUUGAAUCAACGGUACGUCAAAAUAAAUUAUUAUUAUUAUUUUCAUUUUUCAUUAUUUGCCAGACAAAUUUAUCUAAUUUAUGCAGAAAUGCAGUAAACCUGCAAUACUAUGCAGAAACACAAAUCUACAAAUUCAAAGCUUUCGAAUAUUUGCAAGAAACUAUUGAAUUAAAACAACAUAUAUUAAGCGUUCAUUAUUUCGAAAUACAAAAUAUCGAUUUACUUUUAAUAAGUUACGAGUCUUGUCACUUGGAUGCUUAUCAAUAUAAUGGAAAAAUAUUUAAAUUAAUAGCGAGAAUUCCUAAUUUUGGAUACGUCCUAAAUUGGAUAACAUUGAAUCACAACGAUUCAUUGUAUUUUCUUGUUACGGGAGAACCAAAGUAUGGAAGAAAUUCGACAAAUUUAUGGAAACUCGAAAAUGAUAAACUAGUUCACGUUUAUGAAUUUGAAGAUGUUCGUGACGUGAGACAAUUAAACAAUGAUACAAUUUUAUUAUUGUUUACCGAUCGUUUGGAAAGUCUAACUAUCCAACAAAUAUAUAACAACGAAUCGUUAAUAUCAAAUCCGAAUUAUUAUGUUACUCAUUUCGAAGAUCAACCUUUGAAAUUUGUUUCCAAUACAGAUAGAAUAUUAUUGAGUAAUCGAUAUACGAUCUACGAGCUUGAUAAAUCACUUACAAAUUAUACAUUUUCAAAUAAUCGUUUGAGAUCCAGUGAAAUUCUAUCCAUGAAAGUAGGAAUCUUUGAUAAAGAAUACUUUUUGCAUUAUAAUCCAAAUUUCACCAGGGAUAACAUAUUUGUAAGUAUCAGUGACAACGAUUUGAACGAAACUAAAAUUUUACAAAUAAUACCAACGAACAAUCCAUCCUCAUUUACGAUCAUUCAUUUUGAAGGAUCUAUCGAAGUAUUACUCAUUUUUAUUGAAAACAAUAAAAAUUUGAAAGUUUACGAAUAUAAAGGCAUUCAAGGUUUUGUUCUUCGAGAUACUAUCAAAAUUCAAGCUGAAAAGAUUUCAAUAUUGAAAAUACGAAAGCAUAAUAACAUGACGAGGAGACAUUGUUUAGCAGUAAUCGAUAAAAAUCGAUUAACAAUAUUAGAAGCUAAAAUGCACGGAGAAAGAUUAGACAUGUCUAAAUUGUCAUGUAUUUUACCAUAAAUAUCGAUUCAAUCGUGUUUAUAUAUUACACGAUUAUUAUUAUAUAUUAAAUAUAUAUAUAUAUAUAUAUUCUUAAUCAA